AUGACUAAGGGUGGCGAGUUGUGGCAUUCGCGUCGUAAGAUAGUGACUCCAGCCUUUGGCUUUAAACUUCUCGAAGGUUUUGUAGAGAUUUUUGAUCGCCAAUCUACCAUAUUGCUGGACUGCUUGGGUGAGCAGGCGGAUGGCAAAACCCCUUUCAACAUUUAUCCUUUGAUAAAUUCGUUCAAUUUGGAUGUUAUAGUCGAAACUUCAAUGGGUAUUCAGCUAAAUACCCAAACAAAAAAAGGAUGUGUGUAUACUGCAGCUGUGGAAGAAUUAACCGAAAUUUAUGGCUUUCGCCUAUCAAGCCUGCUUUUACACUUUGAAACAAUAUUCAGUCUAAGGCAUCCUUUUAAAUGGCUACGUCAAAGAAAACUACAACGUAUUGUUCAUGAUUUUUCCCAGAAAGUCAUUAGGCAAAGACGGGCAGUGCUAGAAAACAGUAGAAAUGCAAAUUUAAAAGAUGCUGACCGAAGCCUAGGCUAUGGAAACAAACGACACUAUGCUGUUCUUGACACUCUACUACAGGCUACACUCAAUGGUCAAUCUCUGGCAGAUGAUGUCAUACGUGAAGAAGUCGAUAAAGUUAUGUUUGCCGGUCAUGAUACCACAGCAACUGCCCUAAGUUUUGGUCUCCAUCUAUUGGCGCGACAUCCUCGAGUGCAAAAGAAAAUUCUUGAGGAAAUCUUUCAAGUAUAUGGUGAACUUGAAAGUUCUAUGCGGUUCUCUUUGAUGAAUUUAAAUGAGCUGAAAUACUUGGAAUGUGUUAUUAAAGAAGUUCUUCGUCUGUAUCCAUCGGUGCCCAUAAUAGCUCGCAUAAUCGAGCAGGAUUUGAAAUACAAACAUUCUACUCUGGGUGAAGGCAUUAUACCAGCAGGCACUAAUUUCAUUAUACUGGUCAAUGGUUCACCUACCUCUGGAGACUCAUAUCCCAAUCCCGAGGAGUUUUUUCCUGAACGACAUGAGAAUGUUGAUGAUGGGGGCAAUACAAAUUAUGGUAGACCCUUCAGUGCUGGACCCCGAAAUUGUUUUGGCCAAAAAUUUGCCAUGUACAAUAUGAAGGUUGCUUUGGUGCGGAUUAUACGCAGAUAUGAACUGUUGCCGUUAGGCGAGAAAAUACUAUUAACCUUGAGAACUUCUGCGCUGGUAUUUCUCAUCUACUCCAUGAUUUGA